AUGCGGGAGGGGAGCGCGGGCGGCCGCGGCGCGGAGAACCGGACGGGCGCCGAGCCCCCGCUGCACCUGUUCCCCGUGCCCGUGCUCACCGGCAUCACCGUCGCCUGCGUCCUGCUCUUCGUCAUCGGGAUCAUCGGCAACCUCAUGACCAUGCUGGUGGUGUCGCGGUUCCGGGACAUGAGGACCACCACCAACUUCUACCUGUCCAGCAUGGCCUUCUCCGACCUGCUCAUUUUCCUCUGCAUGCCCCUGGACCUCUUCCGCCUCUGGCAGUACCGGCCCUGGAACUUCGGGGACCUCCUGUGCAAGCUCUUCCAGUUCAUCAGCGAGAGCUGCACCUACUCCACCAUYCUCAACAUCACGGCGCUCAGCGUGGAGCGGUACGUCGCCAUCUGCUUCCCCCUGCGAGCUAAAGUCAUCAUCACCAAGGGGAAGGUCAAGCUGGUCAUCCUCUUCCUCUGGGCCAUCUCCUUCAUCAGCGCCGGACCCAUCUUCAUCCUGGUGGGGGUCGAGCAYGAGAACGGCACCAACCCCCUGAGCACCAACGAGUGCAGAGCCACCGAGUACGCCAUCCGCUCGGGGCUCCUCACCAUCAUGGUCUGGACCUCCAGCAUUUUCUUCUUCCUGCCCGUGUUCUGCCUGACCGUGCUGUACAGCCUCAUCGGGAGGAAGCUCUGGAGGAGGAAGAGAAAGAACAUCGGUCCAAACACUGCCAUCAGGGAUAAGAACAACAAGCAAACUGUGAAAAUGUUAGUCGUGGUGGUGUUCGCCUUCAUCCUCUGCUGGCUGCCUUUCCACGUGGGACGCUACUUAUUCUCCAAAUCCUUCGAGGCYGGCUCGCUGGAGAUCGCAGUGAUCAGCCAGUACUGCAACCUGGUGUCGUUUGUGCUGUUCUACCUUAGUGCUGCCAUCAACCCCAUCCUCUACAACAUCAUGUCCAGGAAAUACCGCSUGGCCGCCUGCCGCCUGUUCGGGCUGCGAGCGCUGCCCAGGAAGGGUCUGGCUGGGAGCAAGAGCAGCUCCAGGGGCUGGACAGAGCCCAGUGUGCUCACAUGAUGGCCAGUGGUACCCGAGCAUCGCUUGCCCAGCUCCCUGAAAGCCAUAAUGGA